UAUUUAUAAGCGUAUUUAAUAAACGUGUUAAAUCUAUUAAAUAUUAUUAUAUAGUUUAAAACUAGUAUAGUGCGGUCAGCGAGACUAUUAUAAAAGCUUGACCGUCAAGCGACAAGCACCUAUUUUUAUUAUAGUAGCCGUUUUCGUGAAAAUCAGCGACUCUAAAUAUUUUGGUUGUUUAUGCAGCCGCGCGAUCUAUUUUCGAAAUGAAUAUUUUUUAUUACACUAGUAAAGAAGAACAGCCGGAAGUGGCAAAUUUUUUCCGACGAUGUCAAGGAAGGACGGCAGAUGCUUGUGUGGUGAGUCGGUCUACUGUCUACUGUACAGGAUUUGUACGGAAUACAAAACUAUAUCUAUUGGUGUUGAAAAAGAGAUUGGUGUCGGAAGUUCUACAGAUAUUAAAUUUCGAUCCCCUAGAAAACGUUAUAGUCGUGAAAAACCUGUCAUCGAUCUUGACGAUUUCGUCAGCGAAGUGGUCAGAAGGGUCCAUAGUUUUUAUGACAAGAGAGAAUUUCCCACUAGUGCAUAUAUUUAAGCGGCAUUGCGAGAAAAAUUUGAUUACCGGGGGUCAAAAUCAUCAGUAAAAAUAAUUUUGAAAAAACUUAAUUUUAAAUAUAAAAGAUGUAAUGACGGUCGUAAGUUUCUCAUGGAGCGAUCGGACAUAGUAGCUGCGCGCGUAACAUUUUUACGUAAAAUGAACGAAUUUCGUACAAAUGGUAAUACUCGACCAAUAGUCUAUUUAGACAUGACUUGUGUUAACCAAAAUCAUACUCGGGGACAUAUUUGACAAAACCACGAAAAUACAGAGGGCUUUAAAGUACUUGGGAGAGGCAGUUGGCUUAUAAUUUAUCAUGCUUUGUCUCCUUCCUUUGGUUUUGUCAAAGAUGCAAAAUUAAUUUUUCGCUGUAACUCUGGCAAUACCAAAGAUUAUCAUUCACAAAUAAAUGCUUCAAUUUUUGAAAAUGCUAAUGAACUUGGAAGAGCCCAGUAUUAUUGUUACGGACAACGUAUCUUAUCAUUCUGCAUUACUUGAGGACUACCCAAAAUCAAGUAGUAGGAAGGCGGAUGUUCAGCAAUGGUUGCGCGAAAAAAAUAUAGAGUUUUCUCCCGUAGAAACACUUGAUGAACUACGGGCGAAAUUCAAACUUGCGAUGCCGCGUGGAAAAAUUUAUAAGUUGGAUCAAUUGACACACCAAAUGGGACAUGAAGUGGUAAGACUUCCACCUUACCACUGGUAGUAUAAUCCUAUAGAGUUAAUUUGUGCACAAUUCAAAGGGAGUGGCUGAAAAAAAUUCCACAUUUAAAAUUGCUGACUUUGAGGCACUUGUCCAUAAAGAAAUUGACGCGAUAACUGCUGAUGAUUGGGCCAAAUGUGGUGAACAUUGUGUGAAAAUUCAGGAGGAAGAUUUCCAUAAAGCAGGACUGAGGGACGAAAUAUUAGAGCCGAUAUUAUGAACAAUUUAUCCAGAUGACAGAAGUUCGAGCGACGAUGACGACGUAAUUUAUUAAAAUUCAAAAACAAUUGUAAAUAUUUUAAAUGUUGCUGUUAUUAUUUUAUGUUUGAUAAUGUGAUAAUAAGUUAGUAAAA